AUGUUGUCACCAUUGGCAAUUGUUGGACUGUCACUCAAAUUCCCACAGGAUGCCAUAUCUCCAGAUUCCUUCUGGGACAUGAUCGUCGAGGGCAGGUGCGCCUCGACGGAGUUUCCUCCAGAUCGGCUGAACAUCGAUUCCCACCAUAACCUGGACGCCAAUCGACUUGAUAGCUUAUCUCUACGUGGAGGUCAUUUCAUGAAAGAGGAUGUUGCUCUGUUUGAUGCCCCUUUCUUUUCUAUUACUGCCGCAGAGGCAGAGGCUAUGGACCCUCAACAGAGGCUGAUUCUGGAAGCUGCCUAUCGAGCACUCGAGAAUGCUGGGAUUACCAUGGAAGGAAUCGCACGAUCAAAGACCUGCGUAUUUGCGGGGUCAUCAGGCCAUGAGUAUCUGAUGUUGCAGGCAAAAGACCCCCAAUAUCUACAGAAGUGGGGCAUCACAGGAACGACGGGGAAUAUGGUGGCGAACCGCAUUAGUUGGUUUUUUGACCUUAUAGGACCCAGCGCUGCGAUCGACACGGCUUGUUCAAGCAGCCUCAUGGCUAUUGAUAUGGCAUGUCAGUCAAUAUGGAGUGGUGACUCAACCAUGGGACUGGCAAUUGGAAGUAACGUUAUUCUGGCACUGGAGACAUCACUGAUGAUGGACAACUUGGGACUUCUAUCUAAAGACAGUCGUUGCUACAGUUUUGACGAACGUGGCAAUGGAUAUGCACGUGGCGAAGGAGUUGGCGUCCUUGUCAUUCGUCCCUUGGAAGAUGCCGUGCGAGACGGGGAUACAGUCCGAGCCGUGAUAAGGUCUUCUGCCUCUAACCAAGAUGGAAGGACACCGGGAAUUACGCUGCCGAGUACUGAGAUGCAGGCUACAUUAAUACAAGAGGUUUAUCGCAAGGCAGGGCUGGACAUGACAAAGACACGCUAUUUUGAAGCACACGGAACAGGAACUGCCAUUGGAGAUCCAAUCGAGACCGCAGCCAUUGGCUCCGUGUUUCGACCACAUCACUCUCUAGAUAAUCCAUUAUACAUCGGAUCGGUGAAGUCUAAUAUUGGGCACCUGGAAGGUGCCAGCGGUGUUGCUGGAGUCAUCAAAACAAUUCUAGCACUAGAGAAAGGAAUCAUUCCUCCCAACAGUGUGAAUUUGCAGAGCUUGAACCCCAGAAUUGAUGACGAGUUUUUAAAUAUCAAGUUCCCACAAAAGGCUCUGCCCUGGCCCUCGGAGGGACUUCGACGAGCAUCAGUUAGCUCUUUUGGCUAUGGAGGAUCAAACGCCCAUAUUGUGCUGGAUGAUGCCUACAAUUUCAUGAAACUGAAUGGCCUAAAAGGGAAUCAUAAUACAGUGCUCCCAUUCCAGCCAUCCAAAUGCAGAGAUUGCGAUUUGGACGCAGAAGGGGAAAUCAGUUCAGAUGGAACUGGCUUCAAUGGACUGACAGAAACAACAAACGAUACGCCCAAACUCCUCGUCUGGUCAGCAGCAGAUGAAAAGGGCAUUCUUCGACUUAAAGAAACCUGGAAGUCACGCUUCCCCACCAUCACACAAUCGGCUAGGAAGAACCCAAAGUUCCUAAGUGAUCUCGCUCAUACGUUAGCGUGCAGACGGACUCAUUUAUCAUGGAGGUCGUUUGCUGUCGUUCGCCCGUCAGAUGAUCUGGGGGCAUUGGUUGAUCGAUUUUCGCCAGCCUCCCAGUCUCGCGGUUCAUCGAAUCUUGCGAUGGUAUUUUCUGGGCAAGGAGCCCAGUGGUAUGCGAUGGGGCGCCAGCUUCUGGAUAUUUACCCCGUGUUCCUUCAGAGUAUCGAGGACGCCGGCGAGUAUCUCCAAACACUAGGAUGCAAAUGGAUGCCCCUUGACGAGCUCGAACGCAGUGAAUCCACUUCAAAUAUCAAUAAGACCGAGUACAGCCAAAUUCUGUGCACGAUCCUUCAGGUGGCUUUGGUCGAUCUCCUCCGCUCUGUGAACAUCACCCCCAAAGCGGUACUAGGUCAUUCAUCCGGCGAGGUGGCAGCAGCACAAUCAGCCUGGAAGGUAUCCUAUUAUCGGGGUUAUAUGAGCAGUAAGCUGGAAAAGUCUAGCCAAAUGAGAGGUUCCAUGCUUGCAGUGGGCCUAUCAGAACAGGGCAUCAAGCCGUACAUCGACAAGCUUAGCAAGGAUCAUGAGGUUUCCAAUCUGAUUGUUGGCUGCAUCAAUAGCCCCAAGAGCGUGACUGUUACUGGAGAGGUGACCCACCUCGACUCCCUCAAGAGCAUACUUGACAAGGAAAAUAUCCUUUGUCGGAGGCUUAAGGUUAAUUUGGCUUACCAUUCAUCUCAAAUGAAGGAAGUCGCAUCUCUCUAUCAGGCAGCAAUGGGAGAGUUAGAGGUAGGUUAUACAGGACAUAAGAACAGCCCCGAGAUGGUGUCCUCUGUGACCGGCGACUGGAUCGAUCCAGGAGAGGUCUCUCAGGCUGCGUAUUGGGUUAAGAACAUGGUCUCUCCAGUGCGCUUCUCCGAUGGACUGACUAGACUUUUCUCGGGAUCUGCUCCAAAUUCCCACAAGAGAUUGGAUGGCAGUCAUCGCAGGACAAGGGAUAUUGAUCACAUACUCGAGGUUGGUCCACAUUCAGUCUUACAGGGUGCCUGCAAGGAUGUAUUGAAGAACAUUGAAAACGACACACCAACUGAAUAUUUUUCGUUAUUGGUACGAAAAAUGUCCGCGGCAGAUACUGUAUUCGCCGUCUUUGGAAACCUGCACACUGCCGGCUAUCCGAUUGAUCUUUCCCAGGUGAAUGGAAUUGAUUUUACAGGACAUGAAAUUCCAAAAUCAUUGCCAGACUUGCCCGAGUACCCUUUCAACCAUGAUACCUCAUACUGGCAUGAGAGUAAAAUUAGCAAAGAUCACCGGCUACAUCCAUUUGGCCGGAACGACCUACUGGGAGUUUCUGAUCCGAACUGCAAUCCUUUCGAGAUGCGGUGGAGGAACUUUGUACGCGUUUCUGAGAUGCCUUGGACCAAAGAUCAUCAGGUCAAUGGCACGAUUAUAUACCCUGGCGCUGGCAUGUUGGUGAUGGCCAUCGAGGCGGCCAAGCAGGUGGCAGAGCAAGGAAGAGCCAUUACCGGGUUUAACAUCCAAGAAGCCAAAUUCCAUGCUGCGAUGAUAGUUCCGCCUGGAACACACGGAAUCGAGACUAGCUUCUACCUCCACCCUGCCAAGGGCAUGGACUCCAAAAGCUCCAGCAGUUUUGAAUUUCGCCUCUGUACAUGUGAGAACGAAGAAUGGAUCGAAAAUUGUACCGGGUCUAUUCAGAUUGUGUAUACCCCAGAGGAGGAGCCUGAAAUGGACAAAGUACACACAGAGGAAUUGUGGAGCUCACAAUUGGAAGCUUACUCGGAUGCCAUCAAAGCAUGCACAUUGCUAGUGGAUGGCCCGUCUCUAUAUGACCGUUUUUUGAACUCCGGCUAUGACUAUGGAGAAGCCUUUCAGCUCAUUGACAAAUUGUCAAUUAGUCCUGUGCAGCCAUGCGUAACUGCUCAAGUCAAAAGAUUCUCUUCUUCAACAGGCGAGACGAUCCAUCCGACAACGCUCGAUGCCAUUUUGCAGACAUCCAUCUGGACCGAGGUGGCUUCUCAAACAGAGAAUAUACCCACUACUGGUCCAAAGUAUGUGAGAAAUUUGUGGGUUGCGAGCGCUUUCGAAAACACAUCAUCUGGCAUUUUGAGGACGUAUGCUACUCGCACUGUGCGAUCAUCAUUUCCUAGUUCUUCCUCUGACAUCUUCACAUUUGACGAAGCAUUGCGUGAAACUCUGAUCUCUGUUGAGGGACUUGAAACAGAUGUCAAUACCUCAGAAAACACAGAGGAAAAUGACCCGUCCUCCGAAGAUCUCUGCUAUCAGGUCCAAUGGAAGCCCGACCUCAACCUACUGAGCAACAGAGAAACCACGAAUCUCUGUAUCAAGGAAUACCCCUACUUGUCAGAAGACACAGAAGAUUUCUUAGGUGACUUGGAUUUCGUGUUCAUGGCGCGUAUCACUGAAACACUGAAAAUAUUAUCCGAGCAGCAGCUCACGCCAUCACAGCCACAUCUGAAAAAAUAUGUGGACUGGAUGAUGGAUCGACAACACCUGCUUGAUAAAGGCCUGCUUCAAUUUGCCACUGAGCCAUUGAAGAGUCGGCUGGUCGAUCUUGGAGAUCUUCAAGAUGUCGAAAAUAGGUUGCUGAAUCUCAACAAAAGAGGUUAUUUCUAUGUCACUGUUGCUCGAAAUCUGUUGGAGUUCCUUACCGGUGAAAUGGACCUGUCGACCCUUUUUGAAGGCAACAUGCUGAAAGAAUUCUACUCCGGACAACUUCACGAAUCCCGUGCCCUCAGACAGGCUGGAAAAUACCUUGAUCUCCUUUCUCAUCAAAACCCCAAAAUGAAGAUUCUGGAAGCCGGUGCUGGAAUUGGAUCCAUGACGGAGGUUAUGCUGCGCACGUUAGGGAAUACCGAAACCAGCGACCCGCAAUAUGCCCAGUGGGACUUUACCGAUAAGUCAGGAUCGACUUUUGCUAGUGCCCAAGAUCAAUUCCAUCAGGAGGCCGGGCGAAUAAAAUUCAAACUUUUGGACAUUGAGCAGGAUCCUGAGAAACAGGACUUCGAGUGUGGUACAUACGAUAUAGUCGUUGCUUCCAUGGUCAUUCAUGCUACUUCGAACAUCAAAGAUGCUCUAGGCAAUGCCCGAAAGCUUCUAAAGCCAGGUGGCAAGCUCAUGCUGUACGAGAUGAUCGGUCCUGGUGUCUGGUCUACUUUUACGUUCGGCCUUCUUGAGAGAUUUUGGCCUAAUUCAGUCGCAGAUUCGAGACCGGGGCCUUGCUUCGACGAGAGGCAAUGGGACGAACUUCUUCUCCAGACUGGAUUCUCUGGCCUGGAUCUCCUUCUACCAGAAGUUGAUGGAACAAUAUCCCAUGAAUUUGGUCUAAUAGUCUCCACAGCCGCCGAGGAACCCCCAGCAGCCUAUCCUGUCCCGGAAAUCGAAAUUGUCUACGAUGCUGCCGAGUCGGGCCAGCAAGAACUCGCACAGUUCCUCGUUAAAUACUGCCAAUCGAACAAGCUCGCCCCUGUCCGUUCUUCCUCUGUUCAAGAGGCAAUGAAGUACAAGUCUGAAAAUCCAUUGCUACGGAUCUUCCUUCUCGAGCUUCACAUUCCCAUCUUGUCCGAAAUCCAAUCGGGGCUAUUCCAACAACUUCGGAGUCUCCUUUCCUCCACAUCACAGGCUCUAUGGAUCAACCAAGGAGGAGGCAUACUUCCCUCUCAGCCGCAGUUCCGCCUUGUGGAUGGACUAUUCCGCGUACUGAUGACGGAAGAUAGCAAACGUAAACUUCACCUGCUUUCGCUCGAGCCUCGUGGCCCUUUGGAUCUAAAGCAACGCGAUCAUAUCACAAGGUUGAUUAGAUUUUUCUUGUCACCAUCCACUGCAAAUGCAGAUACGGAGUACAUUGAGCAGGAUGGAGUCUUGAACAUCCCUCGCCUGAUUGCUUCCAAACCAUUGAGUGAGAGCAUAUCUACUAUGGCCACCUCUCACCAGCACCGUACGCAGAGCUUCGAUUGCCAGAUUCCCCUCCGACUUAAUGCCGCAUCUCCGGGCCUAACCGAUGAAUUUGGGUUCAUCGAAGAUGAGACUGCUUACGAGCCACUCCGGUCAGAUGAGAUCGAGAUCCAGAUAAAAUUCGCAGGGCUGAACUCUCAUGAUGACCUAAUUACAGCAGGCCGGUGGAAAGCGAACGAUACCGGAUCUGAAUGCUCUGGAAAUGUCAUUCGGGUGGGUGACGCCUGUGAGCGAUUCCAAGUCGGUGAUCACGUUGCUGCCCUACACAACGGUUGCUUUGCCACGUCGAUUCGCCUGCGAGAAACUGGCCCCAUUGUCAAGAUUCCUGAGGGUGUAUCCUUCGCCAAUGCUGCAGCUGUGCCAGUCAGUUUUGCCACUGCACACAUUGCACUGCACAAUGUGGCCCACAUCCAGCCUGGCGAGACUGUGUUGAUUCACUCGGCAUCUAGUGAUACUGGUCAAGCAGCGGUCCAGAUUGCAAAGAAUGCUGGAGCAACGAUUUUUGCAACAGUUAGCUCUGAGAGCAAGAAACAACUGCUUAUGGAUAUCUACCACAUCCCCGCGUCCCAUAUUUUCUCUAGCCGGACGAUUGUGUUUUCAAAGAUGAUCAAGCGCCGCACGGGCGGAAAGGGUGUCGAUGUGAUUCUCAACUCACUGACAGGGGAAGGUCUGUUCGAAUCUUGGAGGUGUAUUGCACCUUAUGGUCGAUUCAUCGAGAUUGGUAAAAGGGACAUUCUAUCAAACCAUGGGCUCCCCAUGUUCCGGUUCCUUGAGAAUUUUACCUUCAGCGCCAUAGACUUAACUGCCAUGUCAGUUGAAAGACCCGAGGUAUGCAUCGCUGCUCUCAGAUCGGUAUUUGAUUCCAUACAGGUUGGCAACCUGCGACCAUCCCAGCCUAUCAACGCAUACGGGGUAGGGGAAAUGGAGGAGGCAUUUGGAAAGAUGCAGACUAGCCAACAUGUUGGUAAAAUGGUGCUUGAUAUGCGAGGACAAGAUCAGGUUAAGAUGGCGUUGAGAACCCGAUCCAGUUUCUCAUUGGAUCCCAAUGCAACGUUCGUGGUUUCCGGGGAAUUCGGGGGGUUGGGAAAAAACAUCGCAUGCUGGCUGGCAGACCAAGGAGCUCGCCAUUUGCUCCUUCUGUCAAGGUCCGGGGGACAGAGUGAGAAGGGCAAGGAGCUUGUCAAGUGCCUUGAACUGAAAGGCGUGAUGGCCCUGGCUCCAGCUUGUGAUGUCUCGGACGGGGAAUCGGUGAAGAACGCUUUGCGUGAAUCUGGAUCGCAAAUGCCCCGGAUCAAAGGAUGUAUCCAGGCAGCCAUGGCACCGAGGGACGCUCGUUUUGAAGAAAUUUCCCACCAAUUCUGGCAGGAAUCUAUUAGCCCUAAGGUGCAAGGAUCGUGGAACCUCCACAAACAUCUUCCCCAAGGAAUGGACUUUUUCAUCUUGCUAUCGUCUCUCUCGGGCAUUCUAGGAACCAGUGGACAGGCCAUCUACGCCGCCGGCAACACUUUCCAUAGUGCACUAGCUCGGCACCGUGUUGGUUUGAAUGAGAAGGCGACUUGUCUGGACUUGGGGGUGUGUGAUUACGUUGGUGGCGCUGCCGACAGUGAAAACAGUGGUGUGGCACCAGUGACAGAAGCACAGUUCCAUGCCCUGCUAGCCAAAUAUUGUAAUCCUAGGAUCGGUCUUCCAACACCUCUGGAUUGCCAGACUAUCGUUGGCCUGUCCCCAAGUGCACUUUCCGACAAGAAACAAUGGCAAGAUAACCCACUCGUCCGACACCUGAUCACAAACGAGACACUCGGUGGAAAAGCAGAUAGUCGACCACACAGCGCCAAAGGAGCAGGAUCACUGCUACAAGCGGAGACCUUGGCCGAUGCCAAUGCGGCUGUUUUGGAAUUAUCCACCGAAAAGCUUUCCAAGACUGUAAGCAUGGCGAUGGCGGAUGUUGAUGCGAAUACGCCCUUGCACCAGUAUGGAGUGGACUCGCUCGUUGCGGUAGAGCUGCGCGAUUGGUUUGCCGAAGAGCUUCAGGCUGAGUUGGGUGUUUUUGAGAUCCUUGGAGGUGCAACGUUGGCGUCAGUGUCACAGUUGGUUGCGAAGAAGAGUAACCUUGUUCAGGCUUCAUAG